AUGGCGUUAGUGGUGGCCGCGUCGCGCAUGUGUUUAAAUGUUGUUCCCGACGGUCCGGCUCCCACUCCGUUCUCGCAUCUUCCUAGAAUUUUGGCGAACUCAGCAUGGGUGAUGGACAGUUUCGACUCGGGUGGCACAGGCCAGUUGCUGCUAACGCCGUUAAAGCCCUUCUCGCCGCCACCUGAUACCCAUUCUCUGGUCCUCCGCCCGUUCCACUUACGGCUUCUCUCCUCGCCCCACGGCUUCCCUGCUCUCGAGAUGGUGAUUGCCGGAGCACCUGAGCCGUCGCCAGGGCUCGCUGCCGCCUGGUCGGCUGUGGUCGCCAGGCCUCCGGCAGGGCCCGAAAGGGUGACCAUGGCGACGGAGCCCCCUCUACCGCCGGCUCCGAAGCACGUGACAGCAGUCUCUGAAAAGACUCCUCCCCACGCACCCGCGGCUCCCCUUGCCGGGGCAGGGGCUGGCCCGACCGCUCCCGCUGCUGUUCCGUCUGCUCCGCCUGCGUCACCAGGCUCCCUGGCUCCCCUUGUCGAGCCGUCGGCCUCUGCCCCUGCUGGGGGUGUUGCUGAACCCCCUGCACCUGUCCCUGGCGCCCCUGUUGCGCCGAACGCUUCUGUCCCCUGCCUGCCUGCGCAGGCCUCUGCUUCGUCACCAAAGGCGGCGUCCGCCACCACUGGCGAACCGGCUCCGUCGGUUGCGCCUGCGGCGGCGGGUCGGUCCGCACCCGCUGUGACGGCGGUGGUUCCUGCAGGCCAACCGUCUCGUCCCCCGUCGCCAGACCGCCGCCUAUCUCGCCCCCAUUCUCCCGCGCCCCAGCAGGAGCGCGAGUCGUCGCGGCGCCGGCGCAACUCUUCCCGGCGCUACCAGCGGCAGGCCCAAUGGCCUGCUCACCCCGGUGGCAAUGCGGGCUGGGGGGGUCCCCGCGGGCGUGGUGGUGGCGGGGGAUACCGUCCGCCUGUGACAAUGGCGGAUCUUCAGCGGGAGGUGUCGAGGGCCGUGCGCGAGGAGAGGGCGGCGCAGAGCCAGAGCAGUUCACUGCGGGCCGCGCCAGCGCACGUGGCUCCUCGCCGGGCUGUGCCUCCCGUGGUCCCUCCACCGGCUGCUGUACUUCCUCCUCCUGUCCUUGCCCCAUCGGCUCAUGCUCCUGCUGCCUCGACUGCUGAUCCUGGGUCUCGACUUCGCCUGCCGCCCGUGCCGCCGGUGGCAGGUGUCGAGUUCGUUCCUGCUGGUGGAGGGGUGGCGGGGGCGCAGUACCCUCCAUAUCUUGCUCCCGAUGAGCCGCUUCCGUUCUUGGCGGUGGCACUUCAGCCCCCGCAGACCCGUGUUCCUGAGGCGACACUCGGCCAGCUGCACUGUCUUGUUGAGAGCCUUCACGCGCUGCUGCUGAUCCAGGUGCUGGCUCACUCUUCUCUCCCUGCGAUCCCUGCUGAUUCGUUUCAUGACCGGCCACGCGAGACUUGCCUGGACGCGGUGGACCAGCUCUCGCAGCUGCUGGCGCCCGCGUUGGCUGCGCCCGUAGAGGGUGGCGCUGCGGCAGUGGGACAGCUUGACGAGGCUGUCCGGGGCCUGAGGCGACACUUGCGCGCAGGAUCUGGAGCCGCGGCGAUCGGCGCAAGUACGCUGGUGGUCCGUGAGCUGUGGCGGACGUUGACGGGCAUUCUCCAUGCCCUCGGGGCUCACCGGAUGUAG